CACGCCCCGCCUCCGUGCGCCCGUCGCAGGAUUCGCGUCGUCACGCCUGCGUCCUCACGCAAACGUCGUUAAGACGCGACGGUAGUUACGCUCGGCGUUGAGUGUGACCCGCGCUGUUCAUUCAUCAUGGCUCCAUCACCGACCAAGCGCAGAGAGCGUUCGGAGGACAAACCCAGGGAACGAGGGAAGGAGAAGGCUGCUGGGAAAGAGGGAGCGGAGAAGGAGCGAGGCAGAGACAAGAUCCGCAAGCGCCGCAGCAACUCCACCGGGAGCAGCAGCAGCAGAUCCAGGUCCAGUUCCAGCUCCAGCAGCAGUUCUGGAUCCAGUUCGGGCUCGUCUAGCGGGUCCAGCUCUUCCUCUGGUUCUAGCCGCUCUGGGUCAUCCAGUUCCUCUCGUUCAUCUAGUUCUUCUGGGUCCUCUGGGUCUCCCAGCCCGAGCCGCCGUCGACAUGAUAACCGACGCCGUUCACGGUCAAAGUCCAAAUCACAAAAGCGGACUGAUGAGAAAGAGAGGAAGAGAAGGAGCCCAAGCCCCAAACCUACCAAACUUCAUCUGGGAAGACUCACCAGGAACGUAACCAAGGAACAUAUUCAAGAGAUCUUUUCGACUUACGGCAAGAUCAAGAUGAUUGACAUGCCCCCGGACCGUUUGCACCCGAAUCUGUCAAAGGGUUACGCUUAUGUGGAAUAUGAGUCUCCGGAGGACGCCCAGAAAGCCCUCAAACACAUGGAUGGAGGUCAGAUUGAUGGUCAGGAAAUCACAGCCACGGCUGUCCUUGCCCAGAGGAUACGACCUGCUCCGAGAAGACCAUCACCUCCGCGCCGAAUGCCUCCUCCGCCUCCCAUGUGGCGCCGCACACCACCUCGCAUGAGGAGAAGGUCUCGGUCUCCGCGGCGCCGCUCGCCGGUGAGAAGACGUUCCCGCUCCAGGUCUCCGGGUCGCAGGCGACAUCGUUCCCGCUCCAGUUCCAACUCGUCCCGUUAACGAGACCCGCUCAAAUUUUAGAUGGAAAUGACACAUAAGAUGUCCAGAUGUUUUUCCUUUUCUCUAGUACCUCAGGAUUGUACGCAAAGGCCCUCUUAUAACAUCAACGUUAGGGCAGACGUGCUUGGUUUUUAUUGCUUCUGUGUUGGUACACUCACUGGGUUUGUGCUAGAUGCUCCAUUUUAUUGUGAUUUCUGUUUUUCUUUUUUCCUUUUUGUAAUGUGCUUUUGUUUUGAGAAAUCCAGCUUUUUACUGGUUUAUGUUUAUGGGAUUAAAAAGCAGACUUUUUUUUAACCAAAUGUUACCAUUUGUUCACUGAAUUGCAUUAGCAGUUCCACAAAACUCAUCUCUUAAGAUCCCCUUCUAAUCCUGUAAAUUUGAUGGUCUGCAAGAUUGAAAACAGAAAAUCAAUAAACCAGUUUAACAAC